AUGCUGCUGCCCUGGGAACGUGAGGGUUUCGUUUGCCCGCGGCCAGGGGCGGGCGGGGAGCGAGGGGCGGCGCUCGCGCUGCUUAAAGUCGAAGAGCGGCGGGCGCCUGGCGCCGGUCACUGCACGCGGACGCUGACCUGAUAAAGGAAGAAGGUGGUUCAUUCUGACUUGAAAAUCAAAGAACCCGAUUCACCUUCUGCAUCCAGUCAUCUGUUACUAAAUGGAAAUGAUGAUCUGGUGGGGAGAAAUGAGGAAACGGGGUCUGAGAACAACCUGUACAACCAGCAUGAGGAGAAGGUGCGGCCCUGCAGUGACCUCAUUGACUCCCUGCGGGCCCUGGGCGUGGAGCAGGGCCUGGCCCUGCCCGCCAUCGCUGUCUCUGGGGACCAGAGCUCAGGCAAGAGCUCCGUGCUGGAGGCUCUGUCAGGGUUCGUCCUUCCCAGAGGCAGCGGUAUUGUUACAAGAUGUCCUCUGGUGCUGAAACUGAAAAAACUUGUGAAUGAAGACGAGUGGAAAGGCAAAGUCAGUUUCCGGGACAAAGAGACUGAGAUUUCAGAUGCUUCGCAGGUGGAAAAGGAAAUCAGUGAAGCCCACGUUGCCAUUGCUGGGGAAGGCACAAGAAUCAGUCAUGAGCUGAUUAGUCUGGAAGUCACCUCCCCUCAUGUCCCGGAUCUGACCCUGAUAGACCUUCUCGGCAUCACCAGGAUCGCUGUGGGCAAUCAGCCAGCUGACAUUGAAUAUCAGAUCAAGUCUCUCAUCAGGAAGUACAUCCUUAAGCAGGAGACCAUCAACUUGGUGGUAGUCCCCGCUAAUGUGGACAUCGUCACCGUGGAGGCACUGCGCAUGGCUCUGGAGGUGGACCUCCAAGGAGACAGGACCAUAGGAAUCUUGACGAAGCCCGAUCUGGUGGACAAAAGCACCGAAGACAAGGUAGUGGACGUGGUGAGAAACCUCGUCUUCCACCUGAAGAAGGGCUACAUGAUCGUCAAGUGCCGGGGCCAUCAGGACAUCCAGCACCAGCUGAGCCUGACCAAGGCCCUGCAGAAGGAGCAGGACUUCUUUGGGAACCACGCCCAUUUCAGGGAUCUUCUGGAGGAAGGAAGGGCCACGGUCCUGUGCCUGGCCGAAAGACUGGCCACUGAACUCAUCACGCACAUCUGUAAAUCUCUGCCCCUGUUAGAAAAUCAGAUAAAGGAGAGUCACCAGAGAAUAACAGAGGAGCUACAGAAGUAUGGCUUAGAUAUCCCGGAAGACGCAAGUGGGAAGAUGUUCUCUCUGAUAGAUAAAAUUGAUGCAUUUAAUUAAGAGAUCACUAAUAUAAUAGAAGGGGAAGAAUUCGUGGGAGAGCAUGACUCUCGGCUGUUUAACAAAAUGCGAACCGAGUUCUACAGAUGGAGUAUUGUGGUUGCAAACAGUUUCCGGAAAGACAUCGAUUUCUUGGCCCCAGCAUCCCCCUGGAAUGCCUUCAUCUGCCUGUCCCUUCUCUCCCGCCCUGCAUUGGAGGUCAGCACCCGCAUCUCCAGCCACACCCCCUUGAUCAUCCAGUUCUUCAUGCUCAAGACGUUCGUCCAGCUGCGGAACGGCAUGCUGCAGCUGCUGCAGAACAAGGACGAGUACGACAGGCUGCUGAAGGAGCGCAGCGACACCAGCGACAGGAGGAAGCUCCUGAGGGAGCCGCCGCAGCGGCUGACCCGGGCUCGGCUCGCCAAGUUCCCCGGCUGAACCCGCCCUCCGCCCCGCCCCGGGGUCUCCAGGGAGCCGGCGACCGACAUCUUUCCCUGCCAGCCUCGCGUCAUUAGCUGAUCAUUUCACAGUUGCGCCAGUGGUUAGUAGUCAGACUGUAGCCGUCAUCCCUGCUGUUAGUGGAUGACGACCUAGUAAGAAGCUGUGAUGGGCACGCUGGCUUCGGGCAUAAAGUGAUUUACACAGAUGGUCCACGGCUGCCCUGUGCUCUCUGCAUCAGUUCAUCAGUUACCGAUGCCCACACAGCAUCCUAAAAGGGUCAUUCCGGUUUCUGUAGUGGCCUUUCACACCCGACGUUUUAGGGGCAUUAGUGCCACGUGUGUGAAUGCACACAGAAGCCUGUUUCUUUGAUUUGUAAUAAACUCGUUUCGACCAGA